GGAACUGUCUGCUGCUCUCUAGUCUCUGGAUAUGAGGCAGGAGGGCUUGGGGACAGCUGUGGGGACACGGCCCAGAUGAUCUGGUCCCAGCAGAACUGACUGUCGGGUAACAGGAUGCUGGCAGGUCAGCUCAAGGCUGGCACCCACCAGGGCACCCACCCAGAGGAUGCAUGCCCGGGAGCUGGGGCUGUUAUGGAGAAGACAGCUGCGGCAGCUGAGGUCCCUACAGAGGACUGCAACGCCGGGGAGACGCCACCAUUACAGCAGCAGAUCAUCAGACUCCACCAAGAGCUCGGGAGACAGAAGUCGCUGUGGGCUGAUGUUCAUGGAAAACUCGGGAGUCCUAUAGAUGCUUUGAGGAAGCAGAACAUGGAGCUCCGAGAAAAGCUGAUAUCUCUGCAGCUGCAGUGGUGGGAAGCCAGGCAGAAAUCUGCAGCGUCCCCACAUGCAGGGCAAGAAUCACGCGCUCUGGCAUUGGAACCCGCUUUUGGAACAAUUUCACCUCCGUCGGCUGAUGAAGAGACAAUGCCCAACUACGUUGGCUGCAAGAAUCAGAGUGCCACUCUCCUGGGACAAAGAUCGUCAACUAACAAUUCAGCUCCUCCAAAGCCAAUGAGUUUAAAUAUAAGAAUAAUUAACUUGUGGAAAACAACACCACAGGAAAAUAGAGAUAAAAGUAUUUCCGGGAGACGUCAAGGCAGAAGAGCAACACCCACUGGAAGGCCGACGCCCUGUGCAGAGAGACGGAGGGUGUCUGAAGAUGGAAAGGUGGCCUCGGACACCUGUGUCACUCUACACUGGCUGAAUGGAAAAUUCAGAUUCAGAGAAAGUUCCAUUUAGGUCUAAUAAAAGUACUCAAUUUGUUAUUCAAAA